UAAAUGGUCAUGUGACCAUGGGGAAGUCGAAACUCCAGCGGAACCUGCCUUUUGGAACCAGGAGAUUUUCCCAAGAAUUGCAGUUUUAUUAAGCAUAAUUUAGGCAUGCCCCAGCACUUCAUACUUACUCUUUGCUUUUUACAAUGGAUUCAAGUUUGUCUGUGCAGGGUCACGACGGAGCAGAAGUUUGCUGUUCUGGAGGGCAGAUCUCUCACUAUACCGUGCCAUUAUGAGCCACAGUACGCUAGUUAUGUGAAGUACUGGUGCCGUGGACGCAUGAAAGACUUCUGCACCAGCAUGGCCCGCACAGAUGAACCCAGAACCCCCGAAAUGUCUGCACAGAAAGUUAUGAUUUAUGAUGACCCAGUGCAGUUGGUCUUCUCUAUUACCAUGACGCAACUGAAAGAGGAGGACUCUGGCUGGUACAUGUGUGGAGUGGAGAUUGGAGGCAUUUGGAGUGCAGAUCUGUAUGCGUUCACUGACAUACAGGUCAUUAAUGGUAUGUCGGUGCUCCACAGCAGACUGAUCGGUGAAGAGGGAAGCAGUGUCACAGCCGAAUGCUUUUACAGUGAAAAAUACAGAGAGAGCCCGAAGAAGUGGUGCCGCAGCGGGGACUGGAGCUCCUGUUUGCUGACGGACUCUGAAGGAGCAUACACAGACGCCACAGUCGAUAUACAGGACGACAGAUCUGGGGCGUUUGCUGUGACCUAUAAGAGGCUUCAGAUGAGGCACACAGGCUGGUACUGGUGUGGAGCAGGACAGCAGAAGGUAGCUGUGCACCUCCAGGUCCUGCCCCGGGUCACAACGACAGCGGUGAUGCCUGUCACAACUUCAUCCCCUGAAAAUCUCCCUCAGAACGUCACUAACAGCACCUGGAACACUCACAGUCACAUCCUUGGAGCUCUGCUAGUGUGCGCCUCUUUUCUGCUCAUCCUGGGAUUUGCCAUAUUUGCACGAAAGAUGUGGAAACUGCACAAGAAUAAUCCAGAACUAGGACAUGAAGCGGGGAUGAAAGUCAGAUUUAAUGACUAUUCAGAAGAGGUGGGGGAGAUGCAGGCAUCUGCUGUUGUUUUCCUCAACAAAAAUUCCCAGAGUUCACAUAUGCUUUGAGCAGGAAAUAUAUUUUACAUUUGCUGUCACUGUAUUUUUAUACUUUUUUAUCCCCUGCACAUCCUUCAUAUGUGUUUGUUCUUGGCACCACACACAAUACAGCACUUCAGUGUGGUGCUUGGGGUCGUAUGAAUGAAAAACCCUGUGUCUGCCCUCCAUCUGCAGGAUAUUUUUGUAAACAUGUGUCUGUUGUAGACUUGUAAUGGUCUGACGAAAUGCCAAAUGUAAGUAGUAUAAAUAAUGACCAGGCAUACCAGUAUGACCUGACGGGUCAGCUGAACAUCAUGUACAUGGUACUUUCAGUAGCUUUGUUGAGGCAGUGUUUCCAUUUUCCUGCAGAAUAAAUCAGAUGUAAACAGUAGCCUAUUUAAAUAUCUUAAAUAUACUCAUUUAAAGAUGAACACAGCACAGAAGAGCGCUGCCCUGUAAGGUUCUGUCCAACAGAAAGCAACAGUAGACGGGUGGUUCUAAUGAUGGAAAAUCUACUGUGCUCUCCAGAGGUGUAGUGGUUUUUAAGCGUAGCACAUGUGGUUAUUAUCUCAGCAUUGUAGGUGUACUUCCCAGCUAUCCAAAUGUCCUCUCUCUCCCCAUUUCAUGCUACAGUUGUCCUGUCAAAUAAGGCAAGGCAAGUUUAUUUGUAUAGCACAAUUCAUACACAGAGUAAUCCAAAGUGCUUUACAGAAUAAGAAAAACAUAAAAAUCACAAUGAAAACAAUCCAAAACAUAAAUAAUCAUCAUAAAAUUAAUAUUAAAAUGGAAGAGUGCAGCAUAAAAACCUUUCAGUCAUAUGCACAGAUAAACAGAGUCAUUUUGAGCCUGGAUUUAAACAUUGUCAAAGAAAAGGCCUGUCUCACAUCUUCAGAAAGAUUGUUCCAGAUUUUAGCUGCAUAAAACUGAAACAGUGAUUCCCCUUGUUUAGUCCUGACUCUGGGCACCAGCAGGAGGCUGGUCCCUCAAGUCCUCAGAGUGUGAGAUGGUUCAUAUGGCACUAACAUGUCGGAGAUCUACUUUGGUGCAAGGCCAUGGAGAGACAAGCAGAGCUGCUUUAAAGUCUAUUCUCCGAGCCACAGGAGCCAGUGCAGAUUAACUUCUUUGACUGAGUAACAAGUUGCAAUAUUGUAAUGUAUAAUUCUAAUGUAUUUAGACAGUAACUUUUCAUUAUUGUCUUGUUUUAUUACAGAUGUUUUUAAAUUGCAAUGCACUGUGUAAAAAAAUGUCCAACAAUAAAGUCAAAGUCCCUAUU